AUGAAUUGGAGCAAGCAAACCGUUGUUCAACUCAAGGCGGAGUUGAAACGUCGAGGACUCGCCACGGCUGGCCUCAAACAGGAGCUCGUCGAGCGACUGACCACCAGUGACGAGACCGCCGAGGAAGAGACGCAGGAAGAGGCCCAGGAAGAAGAAGAAGCUUCCCCAGAGCCUGAGCCACAACCCGCCGUGUUUGCGGAAGCGCCAGCCGAAGCUGCCCACAUCGACACCACCACCGAAGAUGUUGCCGAUAACGAGACCACAUCUGCGCAAGCAGUGGUAGCAAGCCCAGAACCCACCUCUGAGCAAUCAGCAGCCGAGCCGACUGCCCAAGAUACUGAGACGACCAUUCCGGAAUCAAUCGCCGCUGCGAACCCUACGCCUCCUGCCCCUGCCGAAAUAGCACAAGAUGCGCAGAAGCGAAAGCGCCGAUCUCAGAGCCCUGCCGAAUCGUCAGAGUCAAUCACUCGCAAGCGCAUCAAGGCAGACCAAGACCGCAUCGAGGCAGACAAUGUCGACGAGGCACCGAGCUCAGAGUCAACCGGCGUCGCUGGUGUCAUAAACCAAGUCAAGGAGGGUGUGAAGGGCGCUUUGAAGGAAACCCUGGAGGGAGGUAGCGGUCUUCUUGAAGAUGUUGCGAAGGAGGCAAAGGACACGUCGAAGGACGUUGAAGAGCUCACUGAGGGCCACCCUAUCGAAGAGGACCAGCCGACAGAAGCAAACGCCGAAGAAGACACGGAGAUGCAAGAUGAACUCAACGGAAAGGUGGACAUAGGCUUUGCCACCGGUCCUGACCAUCACCAGGCCUCAGUUCACGGUAAAGAGCAGCCCGCGGACGGUCCGGUCACCGAUCAAGAGCGACAUGAAACUGCGCCAGCGGACGACAAUAACGCCAUGGAGUACGAAAGAACGGUGCAGCCAGCUACCCACCCUGCCACCAGAGCCCUCUACAUCAAGAACUUGAUGAGACCACUUAAGGAGUCAACGGUUCAUGAUCGUCUCGUUGAGCUAGCAACUCCUCUUAGCGCACAACCCAACUCGGAUGAUGUCGAAGACGUAUACCUGGAUUCCAUCAAAUCUCAUGCAUUUGCGGUGUUCAGAACUACGACACUGGCCUCGCGUGUCCGCAACGCUUUGCAUGACGUCACCUGGCCAGACGAAAGCAACCGCAAGCCAUUGUCAGUGGAUUUUGUGCCACCGGAGAAAGUGAGGGAUUGGAUUCACGAGGAGGAUGCUGAAGGAAAAUCCAACAGAAGCGCUCGAUUUGCAGUGCGUUACGACAUCGAGGAUGAUGGAUACGUCACCGCCCGCCUGGUCUCUGGCAAUGGCCUGCCACCGGCUGAGCCAACUAGGGGUGUACCUUCAGGCCCUGCCGUCAAGGAUGUCAACGCCAUUCCUCUUGGCCCUCGUGGCGGCCGAGGAUUCGAAGGCGCUCCUCUAGGCCCCAGAGGAGACUCACAGCGUGGGCCUGGUCCGAGACCUCCACGAUUGAUUGAAAACUUCCCUGGGGGCCCUGUACAAACCACGCGAGCUCAUCCUCCUGUUUCUUUCCAGGCCGUCUCAGAUGACCUCGUCAGCAGACGACUGCGAAACAUGCGUUCUUACUACACCAAAGAUGUCGACCGAGACAUGGGCCCGGAGACUGAGAUCAACCGCUACAUCUUCGAAGAGGGCGACAAGUUUGUUGACCGCGGUCACGAGAACUUUGUCGGCAUCCGGCCUCCGCACAGAGAGGCUGAGCGGCGUCGACAGAUGGGUGGCGGAGGACCGCCGCCGAGGGGACCGCCUCCUCCAGCGCGCGGCGGCGGCAGCAGGCGCAGUGGCAACGGCCGUCGCGGCCCCCGAAUGGUCAGCGACAGGUAUCUGCCGGGAAUCAAUGAGAGUGGCCCUUAUCGCCAGGGCGACCGUGGAAACUUUGGUGGGUCUCGCCCUGACGGUGGCCGCCGUUUCCGUUCCGACGACCGAGGCAGCCGGUACUAG